AUGUAAAGUGAAUAAUUGAGUGAAUAAAAAUUGUAUGCCUGGGGAAGUGCUGAAUGUGAUCAAUUUUUGGCUAAGGAUGAAGACGAUGAAGAAUUGUAUGAAGUCAAGAGACCAUAUCAAAUAAAAGAAUUGAAUAAUCUAUCAAUAACCUAGGUGGCAUGUGGAGGAAUGCAUGCCUUAAUUUUGACUUCUUAAGGAAAAGUGUAUUCAUUUGGAUGUGAUGACAAGGGAGUGCUUGGCAGACCCAAAAUAGAAGGAGAAGACGCUCGAGUUCCAGCACUGAUUACAGAUCUUCCUCCUGUGGACAUGAUUGCUUGUGGUAGUUCUCAUUCAAUUGCUGCAAAUUCCAAUGGUUUAGUAUAUUUCUGGGGGUUUUAUGCAAAUACUCAUGGUCCAAUUGGAGAGUCAGUGCAAAAGCCAAAAAAAAUGGAUAAUAUUACAGAGGGAAUAAAAAAAAUACUAUGUGGUUAAAAUCAUACCAUGGUAUUAUUGGAAAGCCAAAAAUUAUUAACAUGGGGAGAUGCAGAAACCUUAGUAAUAGGUAGAAAAAGUGAAACCAGAAGAUCAGUUAUGCAAAAUUUAAAUCCUUAGCCAAUCAAGAUGAAAAAGCCAAUUUUAAACAUUUUUACAGGAGCUUCUCAUGCAUUUGUUAAAGUUUAAAUGAAAGAUAACAAAGUUGGAAUUUACGGAUGGGGAUUAAAUAACUACGGAUAAUUGGGUAUUGGUAAUCAAGAAAACUAAUAAUUACCUACAUUAAUCGAAUUUUUUGAUAACAUUGAUGUUAUUGAUAUGGUUGGAGGAGAACACCAUACAAUUGCAUUAGAUUCUUAAGGAAAUCUGUAUUCAUUUGGCAGACAUGAUGAUGGACAACUCGGAUUAGGAGAAGAAAUCAAUGAACAAUUGAAAGAGCAAGCAUAAAAACAAUUAGAAGAAGAAAUCUAGUCAUAAAAACUUAACGAGAGCAACAAAAAAAAAAUAAGCAAAAAGAAUAAAUUAUAAGGAGAACUAUUUGAAAUUUAAAAGUCUGAUAAGGUUAUCGGAUAUGAAUUCAUCACUAGUCCAUAAAUGAUUAAAGAUAUCCCCAAGAUGCAAACUAUUUAUUCUUCCAUGCAUUUUAACUUUGCUAUCUCUCAAGAAGGAUAAUUAUUCUCUUGGGGAAAUGGUUAAAGUUAUGUCCUCGGUACUAGAAAUGAGAAUUCACAAUUCAAACCUAGAGAUAUUACAACCAUUUUUAAAAAUGAAAAGCUGUUAUAGAUCUCACUUGGUGCAAGUCAUGUAAUUGCAUAUACAUCAACUGAUUUAAACUACAACACACAGAAAGUGGAUGAAUCAAUCAUAAAAAUUCAGGAUUAAAAAACAAAGAUUAAGAAGCCAAGAAGAAGCAAUAGCAGAGAGGGAAGUAAAGAAAAGAGUUUGUCUAUGAAAAGAAAUGAAUAAAAGUUUGAUGACAGUUUAAUUCCAGUUAAAGAUUUGAAAAUUGAUUGA